CGCCCCCCGCAGCCGAGCACAGGUGAGCGUGCGCCUGAUCGCGGCGGCGGCGGACAGCGCGAGCGGAGCGGAGCAGCGACAUGAGACUCGGUCCGAAGCGCCCGGACUGAGCUGAUCCACACCUAGAUCUGGUUCUGCCGAAGUGCACGGCUCCAUAUGCCUCCAUGAGUGACCCCUGACCCGUGAAGCCCCUCCCCUCCAGUCAGUCCCGUCCAAUCGCGCGCUUCGCCAUGGUUUGCCACGACAACGAGACUGUGAGUUUCUUCUACAACCUCAGCAAGAAGAGCAUCAGCGACACGUGGAGGCCCAAAGACGUGGUGGUGGUGUCCCUGGGCCUGCUGGUCUGUGCCUUCGUCAUCUUCGCCAACAUCCUGGUCAUGCUGGCCAUCUUCAUCAACCGCAGGUUCCACUACCCCAUCUACUACCUGCUGGGGAACCUGGCGGCGGCCGACCUGUUCUCCGGCAUCUCCUACCUGUACCUGAUGUUCCACACGGGCCCCUGGACCAGCAAGCUCUCCAUCCAUCAGUGGUUUGUGCGGCAGGUGAGGCCCCUGGAGCUCUGGGUGUUCGGUGGAGAAACCCUGACUGGUCUUGUUUUUUGUUUGUUCUCGAUUCCCAGACAUUUAUAUUCGUGUGCAGAUGUUCCACGCGUUCACCUCUUGGCUGUGUGUUUCUGCCGAUGUCCCGCAGGUUGUUUCGUGGUGUGUUGGACGCCGGGGCUGGUGCUGCUUCUCCUGGACGGUUCGUGUGAGUCCUGCGACGUCCUGACCUACGAGAAGUUCUUCCUGGUGCUGGCCGAGUGCAACUCCUUCAUGAACCCCAUCAUCUACUCCUACCGCGACAAGGACAUGCGCGACACCUUCAAGCGCAUCCUGUGCUUCCCGUGUUUGGGGUCGCAGCAGAAGGGCGAGCACUCGGGUGUGCGCUUCAACACCCUCGAGCAAGAGCGGAGACGGCGUGUGCUGCAGGAGUCGUGGGUUACUCGUAGGGCUCGCGAAGGAGAUGGCGAUCAGGCUAACAGCGGACAGGUCAUGCUGAAGGACGCGGGGAACAUGCUGGACUCCACCGAGAGCUGAGGAACGUGAAGAAGAACCAGAAGGAUCGACUCCUGCCUACUGACAGCGUGCUGCGUGCUGAUUGGCCGAAUGAGCUGUCAAUCACUCUCUGUGCAUUUAUAUGAGCAUCAGAUGAAGAGAACCGUGUGUGUGUGUGUUUUGAGCUGUAGCUGUGAAUGAGUUAGUUGUAAAUAUGGUUUUUAUUUAAUUAAAGUCUUACCGGUGGAGUUUAUGCAUGUUUUU